AUGAUGGAAAAGGAAUUGGAAAAGCGGAGUCAAAAGGGAAAGAGUAUGGGAAAUGAUGAGGAUGGAAAAAUAGAUAAACGUUUAAAGAACGGAAUUAAGGAGCUAGAUAAAGACCAGUCAAGAAGGGCACGUGCUGCCUGUUGCUGUUUGCGUCUUUCGCAUUCAUUUACCUCGGAAACGUGUUUUUCUACGUUCGAAAAAUACGCGCGGCAUUUUCGUUCCGAUUUGGCAGUCGCCAUCAGUGAUACAGUAGAACUAUUAUAUUCCAAUGGAUCUUUAUUAGGAUCGGCAGCUCAGCAAUUUAGUCACCUAAAGGCGUUAACAUUCGACGACAUACGUCAUCAGUUCGUAGUGAGCGAUGUGGACCAACACAAUGAUACUAUCUACAGUGUUCAACUUACAAGAGAGACUGAUAUUACCCCAAUCCUAACCAAUCUUCCGGACGACGUUCAGGGACUAGCCAUUGAUCCGACCACCGACAUACUGUAUUGGACCGACACACUCAAUCGUACCAUAAACUAUGUGUCGCUGCAAGAUCCCUCGCACGAAUCAAAAGUUCUGCUGCAAUUCGACGACCAAUCUCCCCAAGAUGUCGCGAUUGACGUCUGCAGCAGGUAUAUCUACUGGACCAAUUCCGAGGUGGACCGACCUUCGAUUGAACGUGCGAGUUUGGACGGGCAGAAUCGCGAGGUGGUAAUCAGCAAAGAUCUUUUCAUCCCGACCGGUAUCGCCGUCGACCAUCACACGCAGCGAAUUUUCUGGGGCGAUAAAAGGGAGGGGAUUUAUUAUCGUAUCGAAAGUGCAAAAUUCGAUGGAUCCGCACGCGAGGUGGUGUUCGAGGGGACACAUCAGAAACCGAUCGGUGUAGCUGUAGAUGCCAACGCGGUUUAUUGGACGGACGUUAACAACAGAGCCUUGUGGAAGAAGCAUAAGAACAUUGAUCAUGAACCACUAAAAUUGCGCCAUUUCAAGGAGAGUCCGAUGGGGGUUGUCACUAAGCAUAUUAUCAAGAACAUUUCCGACUGUCAAGCGUUCUUCGACGCCGUGGAGCACUAUAAUGGAAGCGUUAAGGAAUAUUUCGAGGUGGCCUACGACAAUGACAGUAGCAGCGAGGUGCUCGAGUGUUUGAAUGGAGGAGAAUUGAUUGACGACAGUUGUCUGUGCAAACGCGGUUUCACCGGUGAACGAUGCGAAAUGCAAUUAUGUCACAAUUAUUGUUUGCACGGAUCCUGUUAUUUGUCAUCAAUGGGCGCUCCCAAAUGCAAAUGUCCCUUGGGAUUCGGGGGGAACAGGUGCGAGAGGGACAUGUGUAUCGGUUUUUGCCUAAACGAUGGCAAUUGCCACAGAUCGCCCAAUAGUACGUUUGACGUUCGUUGUGCGUGUCGCGAGGGAUACUCUGGGAAAAGAUGCGAGAAAAGUCUGAAUGCCGACGAACUUUGUGCCACUUUUUGCGAGGAGAAACGGCCGAAGUUACUGAUGGGUCGCAGAAAUAGGUUAUUGUGCAGUUGUGAAGAUACUAAUGGUGACAUCACCGUGGAUAAUUUUAUCGACCUGGGCACAAUUGGCGUUCCCUGCUCAUUGAACUGGUUGGAGAAGAAUGGAUUUAUUGUCGUCUCCGUGUUCGCGGCAUUCAUGAUGGUCGCGUGCGUAGUACUCGCGGUAUUCCUUUACAGAGCGUGCAGAAGACCGCGCAUUAACAAGAGGGUAGUUGUCAACAAAAACGUGACCCCCCUUACUUACCGACCACACCAGUCUGGAGUUCAACAAUGUGAAAUAACCAUCGAGGAUUGUUGCAAUAUGAACGUGUGCGACACUCCUUGCUACGAUCCUCCUCAACUCAGGGGCGGAUUUCAAGUGUUAAAAAAAGAUGAAAAGAAGAUGUUGCUAGCCAACAUGGAAAACUCUGAAGAGCUUUAUUAGACGCAUUCGAAUUCAAAGUUGGCUGUGACCGGAAGUAUUACAUUGUUGAAUUUCUUAAGAUAUAUACCUAUAGAGUCAAAAGACUAAACAUGUGUUCAUAUUAUGCAGUUAAAUGCAUAAGAAAAUCGUCCUGCGCACGUAAUCAUUACAGUUAAUGGCAACUAUCAAAAUCUGACUGCUUAUGACUUGGGAAAAACAUUCCUAGACCAUUAUCGAAUAUUUUUUGUUGUUGCAUUAUGGCGUUUUACUAAAUGACAGCUAUUAGUAAGUUAUCUUCGGGAUGUAGCGACAUAGUACAAUUUUAAUGUUUCAUUUGUGAAACUAAUCAAAUUAUGUUAUGUUUAAAUAACGAUAAAUCUACCAAAUGGAGUAGGACGGGUCCUAUUGAGUUCUCUAUUUAUUUUACUUGUGGUUUUAAGUUUUUGUUGGCUUUUUUUUUAGUGGUUUCAAAUCUGAACACUUUUAUUUAGUUACUUACUAGUUGUGUGAUAAUCUCAUAAUCAUUAUAGCGUAGUGAUUGACUUAUUUCUUGUUAUAGUCGCGGAUUGUAGUUACACAAUGUGCCUAAAAGUUUCGUUUCCAAAAAAAAAUCACGCCGUGCUUUUUUUGAUUUUGUUUUUAUAUGUUGUACACGUGAAAUAAGUUAAAUUGCUUAUCAAGUAAUGGUUACCUUAGGCAUUAGUAGAUGUGUGGACGUAAUAUCCACAUCAGAAAUGUGAUAUUAUAGACAUACAAAUUUUUAAAUUCAAAUAAUUUUAUACAUUAAAAGUAGAUAAUAAUAAUAAAAAUUACAAACUA